AUGGAUAUUAGGACUUCCAGGCGUUUUACAAACGAGGUAGAUGACUACGAAAGCAGGCACUCGAAAUUUCAAGUUCCCCUCUACGGGGAGGAAAGCAAUAAUAUAUCGAGUCAUGGUGUCCCUCCUCUUAUUGCAAUUGUUGGUAUGGGAGUCAGACUCCCUGGUGGUGUCCGGUCACCGGAGGAUUUUUGGCAACUGAUGAUUAAUAAGAAAUGUGCAUCAACCCCUGUACCAACCGGGCGUUAUAAUGUUGAGGCCUUCCAUGGCACCGUGGGCGUCGACACGCAGUCCGUGGUUACCACAAAUGGGUAUUUCUUGGAAGAAGACUACCUGGGAAAGAUCGACUCAUCUUUCUUCCGUCAUAACAAAUAUCAACAUGGCGCACAGGACCCACAACAGAUGCUUCUUCUAGAGGUCGUGUGGGAGUGUAUGGAGAGUGCUGGCCAGGUUGAAUGGAGAGGCACAGAUAUCGGAUGUUAUGUGGGAACAUUUGGAGAGGACUGGCUCGAUCUUACAGCUAAAGACACUCAGAAUCUGGAUCCUCUUCACAUAGUUGGCACAGGCGAUUAUGCAGUGUCGAACCGGGUGUCGUACGAGUAUGACUUAAAAGGACCUUGCAUGACCUGUCGUACUGCCUGCUCCUCGUCUUUAGUUGCGCUCCAUGAGGCCUGUCAAGCUAUCGCACUAGGCGACUGCCCUUCCGCUAUAGUUGGCGGCACAAGCCUCAUUUUUACCCCGACAAUGACGACCAAUAUGUCUCAGGGUGGCGCACUUUCACCAGAAGGAAAGUGUAAAACCUUUGACGAGUCUGCGGAUGGCUACGCUCGCGCUGAGGGCAUUUGCGCCAUUUAUGUCAAGAAACUCGACAAUGCCAUCCGAGAUAAAGACCCGAUUCGGGCAGUCAUACGUGCGGUAGCUACCAAUUUCGAUGGCAAGACAAAUCAUAUUACAGUGCCCUCAGUGGAUGGACAAGAAAACUUGAUAAGAAAGGCUUACCGUAAAGCGCGUAUAGAUAAUCUAGCCGACACUGCGUUCGUUGAAUGUCACGGAACUGCUACACGUGUUGGGGAUGUUGUUGAGACCACCGCUGUGAUAAAUGCAUUUGGAAAACAAGGCGCUGCCGGACUUGCAGGGCUGAUCAAAGCGGUACUGGCCCUAGAGCAUAAGCAAAUUCCUCCAAAUAUUAACUUUUCGACCCCAAAUCCAGCUAUUAUGUUCGAAGAAGGAAACCUACAAGUGCCGGUUGACACUCUUCCCUGGCCAAAAGACAAGGUGGAGAGAGUAAGCAUCAAUUGUUUUGGCGUUGGAGGUACGAAUGCCCAUGUGAUUGUGGACUCUGCCGAGACAGUGAUGGGGUGUUCAAAUCGAACGCGAGAUAAACCUACGAGCACGGAUAACUUUCAACUCUUGGUGGUUUCUGCUAGCCACCCCGAAUCACUCGAGAGACGGAGCAGCGAUAUCCAAGAAUAUCUUUCACAGAAUGCGAUCUCUUUGAAUGAUUUGGCGUACACUCUCGGUGCAAAGCGAGAGCAUUUACAUCAACGAGCAUUUGCGGUCGUAGACCCGACUAUCCUUGCUGAGACUCUUGCCUUCAGAAAGAAUAUUGAUCCUAAGAUGAAUGGAGGGAGUGUCACAUUUGCAUUUCCUGGCCAGGGAGUGCAAUGGUGUGGGAUGGGGCGUCAACUAAUGCAAAGCUUCCCAUCCUUCGCAAGGGACAUGGAAAAAAUUGACGGCAUCCUACAUGGAUUGUCCAAUGGACCGACUUGGAAAGUCACCGACAAGAUUGUCGAAUCAGGGCAAGAUACCAAUAUUGACAACCCGGAAUUCUCGCAGCCUCUAUGCACCGCAAUCCAAAUCGGCAUAGUCAACAUCCUACGUUCUUGGGGAAUUGUACCAUCCAGGGUCAUCGGCCAUUCUAGCGGAGAGUUUGCGGCAGCCUACGCUGCCAAUGCCAUUUCACUAGAAGCGGCUAUGAUUUUGGCAUACACCCGAGGCGUGAUAGCUGAAAAGGCACCAGAGAAUGGUGGUAUGCUGGCAGUUGCUCUCGGCCGUGCUGAAGUAUCCCAGUAUCUACAGAACGAUAUUGUGGUGGCGUGUGAAAACAGCCCGCAAAGUGUGACGCUUGCUGGAGACCGUGGCCAGCUCGAACAUGUUGCAGCCCAGAUACAAGAGGGAGAGGAUGACAUGAUGAUGAAAUGGUUGCCUGUGAAACGGGCAUACCAUUCUCCACAUAUGGUUGUUGUGGGAGAGAUGUAUGAAAAUCUGAUCCGACCUCACCUAACGGAAAAUAAGAACAGCAUGAUCGACAUGUAUUCCACGGUUCUCGGAAGGGUUGUUACCGACCCAAGCGAGCUCGAUUCUACCUAUUGGCGCCGAAGUCUGGAGUCUCCUGUCCUUUUCGCUGCAGCUUUUCAAGGCCUGUCUAACUCUAUCGGAGGCAAGCACCAGCUUGUGGUAGAGAUAGCGUCCCAUCCGGCACUGCGAGGACCUAUAAGACAGAUACUGCAGGAUGAAACGAGCGCAUACACAUAUUGUGACACACUCAAACGCGAUCAUGGUAGCGCUUCUGAAAUCCUCGCUGUCGCUGGAACAGCCUAUAUACAUCAUCUACCAGUUGACCUAGUCGCGGUUAAUAACGGUAUUUCGGCGCGCACCCUGACUUCAGUCCCUCCAUAUCCAUGGCGGCGUGAAGAUAGCGGUUGGAUCGAAAGCCGCCUUAGUAAAGCGUGGCGGCUGCGUAAGUAUCCCCGCCAUGAACUUCUUGGAGUUCGGUGUUUAGAGUCUAUUGACCAUCAGCCGACAUGGCGUAAUAUCCUCAAAGAAGAGGAAGUGGUAUGGAUUAACGAACAUCGCAUUCGAGGCCUUAUAAUACUUCCAGCCGUCGCGUACGUGGCUAUUGCGUCCGAGGCAAUUAGGCAGAUUACUGGUUCCACUGAUUGUACUGUCCACCAGCUUUUGUUACUCGAGGCUCUGGUGCGAGACAGUGGAGACAUUGAGAUUAUGACAACGCUGCGAAAGCUGGCCCUCAACUACGCCAUGGACUCAGAAUGGUAUGAGUUCACUGUCUGCUCCUACAACGGCCAAGGGUGGACCAAGCAUUGCAUGGGGAAAGUGAUGGGGGGCGCUGAUAGACCUCUCCCUUCAAGCACGAUAUCCCCACCAUUUGCUCGCUCUAUAACCUCCUGGAAAUGGUACCGCAGGUGCGAGAAGAAAGGCUUAGGCUAUGGACCACGGUUUGAGGGACUCCAAGACGUCAGUGCUCACCCCUUGAGAAAUGCGGCUCGAGGGCGAGUACAUGAUGACCGUGAUCUUCACAAUAGUUACUAUUCCAUACAUCCCACCAUAGUUGAUCAGUGUAUUCAAGUGGUACUGAUUGCGGGUGAUAAAGGCGUGUCUCACUAUCCCGAUAAAGCUGGUAUGCCUACCUACAUCGAUAGGUGCUACAUAGCUCCAGCCAGCGGGUCGAUGCUUGUGGAAGCAACUACUAGCGACCCUACAGAAGGCAAUUUGACCGGCAAUUUCAAAGCUGUCUCAGAGUCCACCACAGAUAUUGUCUUGGAUAUCUCUGGGCUGCGACUUCUCCCUGUCCCAGAUAUCAACGUCGAAACCAAGCUAGCGACCUUUAUACGGUGGAAGCAUGAUAUCCGAUUCUUGUCGGCAGCUCAGCAGAUGCCCCUCCCUAUCAACCCCGGAAGGGAGACCAUGCUUAUGAUUUCCAAGAUGAUAAUCCUAACCGUACUUGCUCUCGUCCCAAAUUUAGAGUCUCAAAGCCCUUCGCUCCCAUCCAUGAUGAGAUAUAGAGCAAUGAUCAUGGAGACCGGCCAAAAGAUUACCCAAGGGGCAUACAACCAUAUUCCAGGGGCAAAAGAAGCCACCUUUAUGAAUUCGGAGGAGCGCCAGGAAGCCUUCAUGACUCUGAAAGCUAAGAUGCAAGAUACUCGCGUCGAGCAAUUCUUUAUCAAAGCCUGGGAGUAUGCAACUUGGGGUCCUAGCUCUUUCAUGAGUGAGGAAAUAUUGGAAGAUCCGUCACUUCUAAAGGCAAUAAAUGGAAUCGUUGAAUGGAGUCUAGGCCUUUUUGACUGGAAAAACUUCCUGGAUCCACUCGGGCACUCGAAUCCAUCGCUCCGCAUUAUGGAGGUCGGUGCAGGCAUAGGGUCAUCUACAGCUGCUAUCCUCGAUGCUCUCGUUGUCGAAAAUGGAAAACAUGCCUUCAGCAAGUAUACUGCUACAGAUAUAGAAUCUUCCCUUCUCGGUCAAUUGAAAACACGGUUUGAUAAGGUGUCAGGAAUGGAGUUCGUCCAACUAGACAUCUCCAAGGACCCAAUGCAGCAGGGAUUUGAACCAGCUAGCUAUGACUUAGUGGUCGUGUGCAGUGUCCUUUACGAGACUCCCACUCUUCGUCAUUCUCUCGACCACAUUCGGUCAUUGCUAGUGCCAGGGGGUCGAUUCCUGCUGUAUGAACCGUGCUCAGAAAUCCCUUUUAUUGACAUAUUGAUGGGCAUACUUCCUAGUUGGUGGCUCGGAGUGGGACAAGACCGUGACGAGAAGCCUUACAUUACCGUGGAUCGAUGGGCGAAGGUGCUGCAUCAGGCGGGCUUUUCUGGAAUAGAUAAUUUUGCAUACAAUACGCCACCGCCCUUGAAUUCGCAUGUAGUGAUUCUGUCAACAAAUCCAGAGCCUGAGCUCUCACGCUAUCCGAUCAGUUUGGUAUGUACACGAGAGGUUCAGUCCCACGUUUGGGCGCAAAAUGCGGCAAUGCAGAUGUCUGAGAAUGGGUAUGAACCACAUUGGUGUAUCAUUGGUGAGAAAUUCCAAAUACACGACAAUGCCAUCGCUCUACUUGAUCUUGAAGAGCCUUUCCUGGAUAGUAUGUCCCAGUCCUCAUUUGAACAACUACAGAGUUUGAUAAUCUCCACAAAACGUCUCCUUUGGAUCACACAUUCUACACAGAUUGCUUGUUCCGAUCCUCGAUUUGGACUUGUGACUGGACUGGCUCGUACGCUACGUGGGGAGUUUGAUGUUGACAUUGGAACUCUUGAAAUCGAUUGUUUCGACAACAUAGCAAGCUCCAUCAUCGUACCAGUAUACCAGCAGUUCGCAAAACCCAGGGCAGAACUGGCUGCUCGAGACUAUGAAUUUAUAUUAGAACGAGGAGUCUUGAAAACUGGCCGUGCGGCGGUAACUCCAGUGGCACACCAUUUACGAAACAGCGACCAGCAUGAUAUCUAUGAACUUGACAUACAAACGCCUGGUGACAUGAGUACCAUAGGCUGGAAGCCAGUUGCAAGAGAAGAGGUCGGCCCGGAUGAGGUCGAAGUCAAAGCCGAGUAUCUUUCACUCAAUUUUAAAGACCUUAUGAUGGCGCUGGGAGUGGUGGAGCGAACCAAGACAAUGGACUUUACCUUUGAAGCUAGUGGUAUUAUCACCAAGGUGGGAUCAAAGGUAAUAGACCGACAAGUGGGCGAUCGGGUUACAUUAUUCACCCCAAAACCCAUGAGGACCUAUACAACUGUCCAGGGCGAUCUGAUUAUGAAUAUUCCCAAAGAAAUCAGUUUCGCGGAGGCAGCUACUUUUCCGACAGCAUACUGCACUGCGGCCUGUACCUUACUUGAGAUGGGACAGAUGCAGGAAGGGCAAUCCGUACUGAUUCACUCUGCAUGUGGAGCAGUUGGCCUUGCGGCCGUCAAUAUCUGCAAACAAGUUGGAGCGGAGAUAUUUGCUUCAGUGGGCAGCGAAGAAAAAGUACAGUACCUGAUCAAAACCUACGACAUCCCCCGUUCGCAUAUAUUUGACUCACAUAAUGACUCUUUCCUGUAUGGUGUUAUGCAACAAACUAACGGAAAGGGUGUUGAUCUGGUGUUAAACUCGUUGGCUGGAGAACUCUUUCGGGCAUCAUGGCAGUGUGUUGCUAAAUUCGGCAAAUUACUUGAGAUUGGAAAACGGGACAUAUUGGGCCACGGAAUGCUCGACCUCCAUGGCUUCCAAGGCUGUCGAUCGAUCUGCAGCUUCGACCUCUACACAGUGGCUUUCAAUUCUCCCGAUAUGGGUAGACGGGCUCGGGACAAUAGUAUGAAAUUUAAAUUUGGUUCCAAAGAGAAACUCCCAUACACAGUUUUCAAAGCCAGUGAGGUAGAAUCUGCUUUGAGGUACAUGCAGAAGGGACAGCAUAUUGGAAAGCUCAUAGUCAAGGUGCCUGAAGAUGACGAGAAGCUACCAUUACUGCCCACGCCUUGCGCAUUCACCUUCUCACCGAGUUCUGCAUAUCUCCUGGUUGGCGGGCUCAGGGGAAUUGGUCAAUCAAUUGCCAGGUGGAUGGUUGAAUAUGGUGCUCGUCACUUCAUCUUCCUGUCGAGGACCGCAGGACACACCGAAGGCGACCGUCAGUUCUGCCGAGAGCUAGAAAGUCAGGGAUGCCAUGUAGUCAUGGUUGCAGCAAGUGUCACAGAUCUGGCAAUGAUGGAGCAUACAAUAUCACGGAGCGCACACCCUAUCGCUGGCAUUAUCCAAUUGUCGGCUGUCUUAAAGGAUCGAACGUUUGAUAAGAUGACCUACACUGACUGGACCACUUGCCUCGAGGCCAAAGUCCAGGGAACCUGGAACCUUCACAAAGCAUCGCUCGACCGGCCCCUCGACUUUUUUAUCAUGUUCAGCUCCGUCGCGAGUUUCAUCGGAAACCCAGGACAAGCCAACUACACCGCCGCAAACUCAUUCCUGGACAGCUUCGUGCAGUAUCGUCGGGGCCUAGGCCUUCCAGCUUCCCUUAUAAGCCUUGGACCCGUCGAUGAGAUGGGUCUUAUGGAAAACGAAACAGGCCUGCUAAUGAAAGCCCACCAGGCCUUUCAGUGCGUUCUCGGGGAAGGGGACGUUCUGAAAGCUUUUCAGGUCGCUCUUGUCUCAGGGAAGGACAGCGUAUCCUCCUCACGACCGGGAGUCAUGGCAAUAGGACUGUCUUUGAACGUCAUCGCCAGCGGGAAAUGGCUGCAACAGGACGCGAAAUUUGCCGCUCUCGCCAGGAACCAUGCUCCUGGGGGUGGAGAUUCGGUAGAAGCUACCGAACGGAGGCUGCUCCAGCAGCUUGCAUUGAUCGAAAGCAACCCUUCGGCUCUGAUUGAUGGCACGUGUGAGGGUUGGAUCAUUGAGGGUCUUGGCAAACAGCUCGCCAUCUAUCAUGGACACAAUGAAGAGAUGGAUCGGUCUGAGUAUGCGGAUCUCGAGGUAGAUUCUCUCGCGGGCCUCCAAAUUAAACAUUGGUUGCGCCGGAAGGCAGAUGUAGACCUUUCGGUUGCCCAGAUCUCUACUGCAAAGACUGUUGGGAGGAUUGCGUCUCUGACUACAGGUGUUUUGCGUGCGAAAUAUGGGGUGAACUUGGAGAAGGGAGGGGAUGUUUAA